UCUUGUUCUAAUGUUUUGUCUCAAUAUUUCCUGUAGACUUUCCUCAAAAAGUACGUGAAGAAUAACCAGCAGUACUAGUAACAUGGACGCCGCCUGGAUAUUUACCAACCUUAUAUUGGUAGCAGCCCUUGUAAUGUGUUCAAAAGCAUGGCGUCUCAAUGUUACGUCAGAAGAAAUUGAAAUCGGAAAGACAGCACAAGUUUCGCUGAACUGCUUCAACCCCUAUCAGCAGCCUGACAUUUCGGAAAUUCUGUUGAUGAGAAUCCAGAAAAAGCAUUUGAGUGGAUGGUCCAGUGUUGCGGAACUUCGCGAUGAUGAUGUGGACGUCAGACUAACAGCUAAAGAUGUGACCGCCACGGGCAGCAUUGUCUCCGGGUCUAACAGCUAUAUGCGGCUUUCUUGGCCGUUGGCAACUAACGAUACAAUCGGUGUGUACCGUUGUGACGUCACUAUUUUGAAUUCCCACGGCAGAGUCGGGUGGCAGAAAAGCCUACCGACUUCCAUCACUCGUAAGAGUGACGUCACAGUUCAGAUCCUGAGUGAAAUAGUAGAUGUGAACAAGAGACAGUGUAUGCAACAUAAACAAGACAUCCAGGAAUACGUAGCAGCAUCCAUAAAGGAGAACAAGAAAAAUUGUCUAGAGGAAAAACAAGACGUUCUCCAGAACAUGACGGCAACCAUGAAGGCGCUAGAAGCGAGUUUUGAUAGCAAGCUGGAAAGUCAGAUACAGACCCUGAGCCACACAGUGGAACUAUACAAAAGAGAAUGUCCUCACCAACUGCUAUCCCACAAACGCCAGAUUCUGGAGAACGUGGCAGCUGCCUUGGACAGGAACAGGAAAGAGGGUCUUCAACAGAGCCAAGACCUCCUGGUUAACGUGACGUCCGUCAUGGAGGAUCUCGAAGCCAGUUUUGAGCGCAAGUUGAACAUUGUCAAAAGCCAGUUACGGCCCCAGUCGUGCGCCAGUGCUAAGGGUUUGGGUCCUCGGCCGGUGAUCCUCCUCUCUAGCGGUCAACUUGUAGUCUGUGACACGGUGACGGACCAAGGAGGCUGGAUCGUGAUACAGAGACGCGCUUCUGCGGACGUUGAUUUUUUCCGUGGCUGGGCGGACUAUAAAAAUGGAUUUGGUGACCUCUCUGGCAAUUUUUGGUUCGGACUAGAGAAAAUCCACCAGCUGACAAGUCAGGGGAGAUGCGAACUAAGGAUCGAUUUGAGAUUUCAGGGAAAAAACUACUACGCCAGCUACGACAACUUUUCGCUAUCUGGAGAAACAGAAAAUUAUAAAUUACAGCUUUCCGGAUUUUCGGGUAAUGCAAGUGAUAGUAUGGCUUAUCACAAUCACAAGGUGUUUUCAACCAAGGACCGUGACAACGAUUCAUGGGGUGGCAGCUGUGCUAAUGCCUAUCACGGAGCUUGGUGGUACGAUAAAUGCCAUAUAGUGAAUCUCAAUGGACAGUGGGGCAAUACAGGCAACAAGGGCUUGAAAUGGAACGGCGUAACAUCUGGCUCUGUCUCUUUCAGUGAAAUGAAGAUUCGACCAUUCAGUGAGUGACAGUGUCAAGACACUGAAUCCUCCGUAUGUCAGUGAUGUAUUUAGAUGUCGGCGUGUCUUUUUGUUGUUGGUAUAGAGAAAUGUAAAGACAGAACAUCUUCAAACGUUUUGUGAUUUGAAAGUUCAGUUGUUCCAUCCUCUCAUGUCAGGUCAUUUAUUGAUAGAUCAGAAAAAUAAUACACAAUUCAUAAUGU